UUGUAUUACCAUAUUUCAGAUUAUAUAAAUAAAAUGAAUUUAGUAAUAAAAAUUAUUUUUCGCUUUAAGCGGAUAUUAUUAAAAUUAAAUUGUCAGUCCUAGACUUUCAUUUCUGCUGCAGUUAUAAUAAUCAUUGAAAAUGGGUUUCUAUUGUUAUUUUGAAAUAUUAUUUUAUUUUGUUUGUGUAACUAUCAUACCUCCGUAUUCAGCUGAUCAAUUAACGUCAAGUAACAAUAACACAGAAACACAAUUUCCGUUAGCAACUAUUUGCUCGAAAAUAGUAAACAAUUAUUUACUACAGAAAUCUAAGGAUGGGAAAAUUUAUAAUAGGAUAUUGGCUGAAGCUGGAAAUAAAUUUGAUUUAUGUGAAUUAAGAACACAUGCAGUAAAUAAUAUCAAUGUAAACUAUUUUGAUUUGGUAUUCAUUUACCAAUUGGUGUAUAAUAUAUUCGUGCAGUAUGAAUCAUCUUUAAAAAUCGCACUUUCUAUGUAUGAUCCUUCAAAUAUUGGCAUCGUUACUAUAAUGGCUGCAUCACAAGCUACGUCGAAAAACAAAUUGUUUGGAAAAAAAUUAUUAAAAAAUUCAAUUACUAAUAUUCUAAACCAGUAUAAGCCUGAGGAAAAUAAACUCAAUUACCAAGAUAUUGUAGAAAAAAUUACAAAGGAAUUUGGAUCUCAAUUUUGAUAAUUCGUCAAAAUAAAAUGGAUUGGUCUUAUCAUUUUACAUGUCUGUAAUGAUUUUUGAAUGAUUUGUAAAAAUAAAUAAAAUAUUUUUCAAAUAUUAUUUACAAUAA